AUGCUCCCCUUUCGCCGAGCUGCGUGUGGCGGUGUGCUGGCGCCGGUGUGCAAUGUGGUUCUCCCUCUCCUGCUGCUGUUGCUGCACUCCAGCUCGAUCAUCGUCACGGCUGCGACGUACGAGUCGAAGAUAGAGGCCGGGGAGACGGAGUGCUAUACCGAAGUCUUGGAGGCGGGCGGCACUCUGGGCUUUACCUUCCGCGUCACCGACGGCGGCGCCUUCGACGUGAACGCCGUGAUGAAGGUGCGCUUCACGCCGCCGGUGGACAGGACAAUGGAUCUGAGCCGCUUCCACUACAACGCCCACUUUGCCGGGCUGCGGGACCGACAGCGCGAGAUGGUGCUGAACACGUGGCAGCGCGCCACCGACGGUAGCUACACCUACACGGCGCCGCCAAUCCUCAAGACCCGCCACGGGCUGCCAGAGGAGGUGUCCGUAUGCUUCGACAACAGCUUCUCCACCCUCUCGCCCAAGUGGGUGCGGUUCAAUAUCAUGAAGCGCGACGUGCUGGAGGUGGACCCAGACGCGGUGAAUAAGGUGGAAAGCGCAAUGGAGGAGGAGCUACACCGCUACGGUACCAUCCUCUUCGGCCUCGCGCAGGAUGCGAACGCCCUGCAGCUUGUCGGUGAGUCGGACCGCGUAAAGCUGAACUCCCUGGCAAAGAUCAUGGCGGCAGGACUGGUGCUCAACGCCAUGGUUCUGCUGAUCAUGGCCGCCUACCAGUACGCGUCACUCUCGCGCUUUCUCGCUUGCCAGGUCCGGCAUGGCAAGUUCAGCAUCUCCACAAGAUAG